AUGUGGGGAUUGUGUGCUUUGAAGGAUCAUCGUAAAAUGACGGAGUUGGUCGAAGAAGUCGGAUUUGAUUCGUUAUUGCGGGGGUGCCCCCCUGUGGAGCUGGGGUACAUAGCGCAUUAUAUGUCCGUUGACAGAGGCAGCAGUCGGUUAUCGACACGCUUGGCAGGUGAGGCAGCAUACAGGAUGGUCCAGGGUGGGGAGGUGGCGGACAUUGGAUCGCUGCUGGUGGCACUGCGAGUCUUCACUGAUCGUAACUUUGCUGAGAGGGCAGGUGCCGACGACUUGGCUGACUUCAACUGGACCCUCCUCGUUCCAGCUUUGCGGGUUUUAUCGUCUCCAGAGGUGCUCGAAAGGAUAGGAAAUGAGGAUUUGAUCAACUGCUUGCUGAGCGCUGGGAUUGCGAAGAGCUUCGAAAAUGCGCCGAAGAUUUUGGCUGUGUUUUUGAAGGUAGCCGAGGAGAGGUUGCAGGGAACUGAUGAAGUCGAGAGUCUCGAGGAUUGUGGUAAAGUGUAUCGAGCGGCGUGUCGGAAUAUUCUGGGGGAUGACGGGGACGCGGCGAGAGUGAGGGAAAGUAUGGGAUCGAAGUUUGAAGACGGUAAAUUGCUCAUGAAGAUUCCUAUCCGUAUGUCUGUCUGA